AUGAACAAGAAAUUCAAAAUCCCCUUUAAGAAUUUUGUUGCUCCUAAAAAGAAAACCGAGUCUCUGAUGAAGGACCACAUGUCUCAGGGUCCUGCUCAACAUGCGGCUGUUACAGAUUCAUAUGGGGUCAAGAUGCUUGGAGUUGAUAUAAGGAAAAAAGAAACAUCAAAUAAAAUUUGGGUUUAUGAUUUUAACGACAAUGAUGAUGAACCUAUUAUGUUUUUGAACCCCAAACCUCUGCUAAUGGUUUUUCCUGUUGACAUCUCAACAAAAAGAACAAAGAGUAUUGCCACCAAGAAGAAGUUAUUAUCUGUAAAGGAACCUUUUGAGGAACCAUAUGUUGAAUCACAUGCUAACUCACAUGUUGAACCAAAUGUCGAAUCAUCUGUUCCAACAUCUGGCGAACCUUAG